AUGUCUGACGGGCCUGACGGGUGGUCUGACCAUAACCCGUAUUCCGCCUCCUCCCAAAGCCCGCGGAGCCAGCGCAGCUCCCAGCCUUUGACAUCCCAUCAACGCCGCAUGCUCAGCGAGUUCAACCCCCAAGCUGCAUCCUUCAUCCCUACCUCACGCUCCGAGACUCCCGACACUCAGAAGUCAACUCGUCGCCGCGGCGACAACAGCAGUGUCGGAGAAGGCAGGGUCAAGCCACCGCGCCAGCGUGCUGAUGAGCGUGCGGCAAAGACCCCUUUCACACCUCCACCUCCUCCUGGCCCCGGCUCGCUGUCCAGUGGCGGCGGUUGGGGAGCAAGUCCUCCCAGCCCGCGCCCUCCGGGUCCCACUUCGCCUGUCGCUGCUGCAGAGCCGAUUCAAAUUCACCCGCCCUCCUCUCGUCGCGUGCGCAAGACCAACCGUCACGACUCGAUGGACGACACUCGCAGUGGACACGUAGAGUCGACUGAACGCGUCGAGGACGACCCUCGCGCUCCUACACGCAGCUCGCGUCGUUCUACUCGGCCUCCUUCUGAGGCGGAGCCCGUGCAGCCUGGCCCCGCUGUCUCUCGUCGCUCGCGCAAGGCACCCGAAUCCAUGCCCACCACCGUCAGUCCACUCGCUGAGGAACACCCCCUGGCUGAGGCUCCCUCCGCCGCCCGAGCUGCUUCCCCCGCUCCUUCUAUGGAGGACAACUCGCCCAAACACAUUCUUCCUUCUCUUCUCGCCAGAGCUUCUUCUCCUGCUCCUUCUCUCCCGUCUUCGGUAGAGAGCCCCUCUGCUUGUCCUCCUGAGGUUGUUAGGGCAGUUUCUCCUGUUCUUUCCGUGGAGGACAACUCGAUCAAGGCGGUUCCGCUUUCUCAACUAGUCAGGCCUGUAUCUCGCCCUCCGUCUGUGGGGGACAACGCGACCAAUUGGGCGACCAACAAUGUCCCAAAGCCUCCGCCAACCUCACCGGUCCUCGAACAAACCAGCCAGGUUCCGACUUGGGAUGGACCCCCUACUCACCGCACUACCGGAUACGACGGGAAUCCGAGUCGCGUUGUCAAUAAUGAAGCCAACAUGAUCGUCGUACCGCAUCCUCGAGUUUGGGGUAGGCCCCCGUCCGACGACGGCCGCUUCAACGACGUUGUUGAGCAGGUAGCGUCACAGCCACCCAAAUUGUCCGCGGAGGUGGUCGCCAGUGCUGCUGCCGACGAAGGAGACGCCUGGAGUGCGCCCAACAGUCUCCAGCGUUGGGCCCAGAAAGUCCCUCCCAUCGCUCCUCCUGAGACUCCGCCAACUCCUGUUCCUGCUAAUGGAGAGGACGCAGACGAUGAGAGCUCGGCGGUGUCUCGUCCCAACUCCGGUCCUCGCCAACCCAAGCCGAUAACGGUGUUCUACGUCGAGACUGAUUCGUCCGUUCAAGCUUUCUCUCCCAAACUUCCAGAUGGCCUUCUUGAUGGUCAGCAGGACGAGGCUCUCGAGGAGCACCAGCGCCCACGGAAGAGUGGAGAUAACGAUGAGCCUGAGCACCACAGCUCGCGUGCCAGUUCCGCCGCUUCAGUCGAUUCUCCCGAGGUGGCAAUACAUUCCCCCCUCCCAGCCAAAGUGUCUCCCGGCAGUUCGCUGUUCAACAUCUCUCCACCCGGCUCAGAGGUAGCGUAUCCCCCUACUCCCGACCAUGCUGGGCCUCACUGGCGUCCUCCCAGUCGUACAUCGAGAACAUCAAGGAGCCAGAACAACACCAGUCACUGGCGUGUCCCACCCGCCCCGUUCGACGCCGACCCACAUCUCAGUCAGACUCAGCACUGGUACAAGAAGGAGGGCCACCCCAUGUGGAACCCUGCAUUUACCAGUCGACGCUUCACCGUCUUUACGCCAUUCACUAUCCGCACGCCGGUCUUUGUCAAUCUCAUGAAGCAGCACUUUGGCACCUAUGGCCGCAUUCGCCUCGUCAAUCCCUUGAGUGACAGACCUAAUCCAGAGGGUGUUGACAGGGGGGUGGUCGUGUUCCAUGACGAAAGCUCGGUGGAGAAGAUGAAGGCAGACCCUAAGCACCAGGUCGCCCGCUACCAGUCAACGACCAGAAGCCCAUUUGCAGACAUUGACCUCCAAAUCAUGCACCACAGGCCCAACAGCGAGUUUAUCAGGGUGUCUGUCAAAGUCGUCGGCCGCCGCUAUGAUGCUCGUUCCCGGUCAGCUUCUCCCGCUCUCGCGCACGGAGACAGUCGGUCUUAUCAGACCCUGCCGCCAUCCGUUACCGUCUGGGCGAUGCCCGUCAUCGUGCCCCGCAAGAACGGUGAGGGUCUGGUUUAUCGCGCGGCUGUCAUCACAGACGAGAGGAAGGACGACGUCUUUCAACAAUGCAAGUGGAAGUCUGGCAAAGACCCCAUUUACCUGCGCCACUUUGACCUUGGUCGACGCGUAGCUGAAAAGGAUUUCAUCCCGGCACUGGUUGAAUUCUUCACCGACGUUCAACACAUCGACCCACCUGGACCCGACCAUGACAGCUGGGUGUUCUCGGUCGCAGCCGUCUGGGAGGCUAGACUCGUGAUUGAGCAACUGCAAUUUGUGCCUGGAAUCUUUGCCACUGUCAUUCCCCCUCCUCGCCAAGACGAACCUCAGCAGGCUGCUGGACUUGACACUGCCUCGGUGGCUGAUCCCGAGCCAGAGCCACAGGAACAGACCGCCAAGGAGGACGAGGUGGCAACGGCAUCACCACCUACUCCGGUCACGGCGCCGCCGGUCGUCGAAACCCCGCGUCUGCCAACCAGCGAGCCGCCGCUCUCCCAUAUCACCAAACACACGCUCCUCAGCUACCGUGGUCGUCCCUUGAGGGAGCAGAUGGUCAACGGUCGCCCUUAUUACUUUGACGAUGCGGCCCUCUUCGUCGGAGGCCUCGCCAACCAAGAGACAGUCCACACCCUUCUCCAGAGGUUUGGCGAGUACGGCAAGAUCCUCUCAGUUGAGAUGAACCAAUGGUCUGAAGGGUCCACAUACGGGAGCGGUCGUAUCCUCUUCCAAGACGUUCAGGCUGCCAAGACCGCCAUCGAGUGCGAGCAUGGCGCUGUUUCGUUCGGUUCCGUUCUGAGGGUCGAGACGCGCAAGGUGGUCCCCGAGAGUGUCGAGACUCUUGACGUAUUUAUCGACUCUACGGGCCGUGUGCUCAGCCCCUCGAUGAUCUCGCAGUACGGUCAGUAUCGCCGGCAGCUCGACCCUCCUCCCGGACAGCAGACGCCCCAGCCUCCUCCCGCCCCGACGAGCUAUCCCAUGAGUUAUCCCCAUGGCUUUAUGCUGCAGCAGUCGUGGAUACCUCCUUCAUUGCCGGCCAUGUACUUCCCCGCUUCGGCAUCCAUGGAGAACCAGGAAGCUAGGCCUGUGCUUAUGCCUUUUGUGUGGCCUUUUGGCUUCUACCCCACGAUGGCAAUGCCGCAGCAGCCGGUAGCCACGAUGCCCACGAACACGACGCAGGACAACCCUGCGCAAGGCCUCGGUGUGACCACAACUCCCCCCGACGCGACGACCCCAUCUGCGGCCAAAAUGGCGCCGCAAGUUUCAAUUGGGACGCCAGUCGGUGGUUCGAGCGUUGGUCCAGUUACCGUCCCUCAGCCACCUCCGCCUGUUCGCACUCAGACCCCCGCGUCUGACAAGAUCAAGCCUCGUGUCAUCGAGGCCAAGUUUGCGGAUGGUGUGUUCACGCCUGUCUAUCACCCUGGCGACAUGCAACAAUGGCGGGAGGAGAAUGGCAUUGUUGAACAAGAGCUCAAGCCAGUUGCCCCCCCUACCCCGCAAGCAGUUGAGGCCCUCCCCCUGCUCCCUAUCGCCACUGGUGGUCACGACUCUGCUGCGUCCCACUCCCAGUCCUCGUCAUACUACGAUGGCUCCUUCCCUCCACCCCCAAAGAAGCCGUAUCCGCAGCGUUAUCCUUCCGGUCCCCGCAUGGGUGCCAAUGAACGUGGCAGUAGUGUUCAUCGGCAAGCCCGCUUCAACCACCAGCCGGCAUUCCCCGAACCUAGCGACGCGGAUUGGCCGCUCAUGAGUCCUCCCAACACCACCAUCCCCAUGCCAAUCCCCCAGUUUGAGCCGCGUUAUGAUAGCAACAUGCGCGGGGCUCAUGUGGGUCCUCCAUAUGGUCAAUUGGGCCAACAACGUAACUCGCGCGGUGCCAAUCACCGCCGCAACGAAGACCGCCAGGCGCGCCCUCAACAGGGCCACUAUUCACAGCUGCCGGACCGUCCGCCUCCAAUGGAGCAGCACCACGCGCACCAUGUUGCCGAGAGCCACCAUCGCCCUGAAAGCCCCCCAAACCAACCUCGUUCUCGUUCGCAGCCGUCCAACGCUCAGCCUUCCGACGACCCCGCGGGUGGUUGGUGA